AUGGCAGAUGAUGACCUGCCGCGGGGCGAGGUGGUCGGGAUCAUCAUUGGCGCUGUGGCCCUGUUUUCCUUGAUCAGCUUCUUUCCUAUGGUUCUUAUGUGGCAACAUCGGCGACGUGAUGCUUCCCGCCGUGCUAGUGAAACUGCCAACCUCACUUCAUCAAUGCAGCAGGUUUCUGUGACAAGAUGGAUCGAGGAGCAGAACGAGCCGAGCGAAAAUGCACGCUAUGCACAGGAUAUGUGCCCCAUAUGCCUCUCAUCUCUAUCAUCACCCGCCUAUCUCUCCUCUCCCGAGCCGGCUCACCUACCCGGCAUAAGGUCAGAUGACGCAUCCAUACCAGACACAGAGAAUGAAAAAAGCAUCAUUGUUUUGAAUCGAUGCCAUCAUGCAUUCCACUCAAGCUGUCUCACCUCUUGGUUCGAAUACAGGCAUUACAAGUGCCCAAUAUGUCAAGCUUCAUAUUCGCCUGUUGAAUCAGUUUAA